CUUGGGAGGUGAGGAAUUAUCACUGGCACUGAAAUAAUGGCCCGGUUAUUGUGGGGAACAGUUUUUCUCUUUCUGACUGUAACUAUCAGGGACACAUUCCCACAAAGGAUCAUUGGGGGUCAAGAGGUCGUGCCCUACUCCAUAAAGUACCAGGCAUCUCUUCAGUAUGACAGGAAGCAUUACUGUGGAGGAACUCUCAUUCACCCACAAUGGGUGGUGUCUGCUGCCCACUGCUGGCGACCGGCCAGUGUGAUUCAGGCAGUGUUGAGUGAGCAUAGCCUUGCUGUAGAAGAGAGAUUCGAGCAAGUAUUGAACGUGUCCAGAAUCUACACGCAUUUUGCAUACAACCCAAGGACAUUUAACAAUGAUAUUAUGCUAAUUAAGCUCAGUGUUCCAGUUCAGCUUAAUGCAUAUGUUCAGCCGGCCCCCCUACCAAAUGCAGACACAUCUGAGCUCGCAGGAGGAACCAGCUGCACCGUGAGCGGAUGGGGAGUGACGCGAAUAUACAGCUCCUAUCUGUCACCAGUUCUGCGUGCAGUGGAUGUGGACAUCAUCCCUAACUGCCAGUACUUCUACUACUAUAGAGUCAAUGACAACAUGAUCUGUGCUGGCUCUCGCUUCGGAGGAAAAGACUCCUGCCAGGGAGAUUCAGGUGGGCCUCUUAUAUGUGAUGGUAAUUUAGAAGGCAUUGUGUCGUGGGGAAUCAGCUGUGCCCAAGCAUACUAUCCUGGUGUCUACACAAAAGUGAGGAACUACAACCGCUGGAUUGACUGGAUCAUUAGCAAUGACAGUUAAAAUACACAUUCACCAGAAUUACCAUUAAAUCUGAAUAAAGAAAAGGAUGUAUUUACCAAUAAAUCCCACUUACUAUCCCCAAAAACUGAUCAUUAUAUUUAACCAGAAUCUCAAAAAUCCUAUUUUGGACACAUAUAAUUCAAAAAGCAUUAGGUCAACAUUAAAAUUAUAAUAGGCCCUAUUUUGUUUCUUAAUGCACAGUCCUGGUCUUAUUGUGUACGUUUCAUCUGUGCAUGUUAUUUCAAGGGAAAAAAAUUAGUUUUCAUAAUCUUGAUUAAUCAUAAUCCAAAUAUAAAAACUUGCUCUGCUUCUGAAAUUAUUUUCUUUUUUGGCUGAUGUCACGGAUCACUCUUACUUUUCAACCCCUCCUGUCCAACCACCAGGCUUCAUUCUGGUUACGCCCACUUUUCAUAUUCAUUUUAUUUGUCAUUACUAAUUCAUAUUGAUGCAUAUACAUCUUUGGAAUGUUAUUUUUGUUGGCAUGUGUACAAACUAAGACAAUUGUUUCUAAAUGCUGGCCAUAUGCUGCAGUAUCCAAAGACCUGUAUUGUAUCACAGCAUUAAAGAUGGACCAUGUCAAUGCGAUUGAUGGAAAUGUCACAAUCUUCUUUUUAAAUGCAUAAAGUUUACAACAAGCUGUUACUUGAAGUAUUUUUAUUGACUCUGAACUCUGAACUAA